GACAAGCACACCUCAAGAUAUAGAAUCUCCAAGAUCUGAUAAGAUUUAUCUGGAGGUAGCAUAAUAUCUCCUGACAUUGAAUUAUAGUGGUCUCGAACGUGGUAGUGGCAAGAUGUGGAUUUUGGGGCUGGUGGUCUUGGCUUUAGGGUCAGCUCAGGCCUUAGUCAGGUUAGAUCCUUUGGUGAAUUCGCCAGCGGGACUCAUUCGAGGGUUGAGGGCUGGCGAUGGAGAGUAUUCUAUGUUCUUGGGGAUACCUUACGCGCAAGUUGAAGAGAACAAUCCUUUUGGGACAUCCAUCCCUCAACCUAAAUUCAACACAAUUUUCAACGCCUUCGAUGACUCCGCGAUCUGUCCGCAAAUGGAAGAAUUUAAUAAAACAAUAGUAGGCACUCUGGACUGUCUACAGUUGAACAUCUACGUGCCUGCUACCGCCAGCUCCAGAAACAAACUGCCUGUGCUCGUUUGGAUCUAUGGAGGGGGAUUUUCCUUAGGGUUUGCCAGUAGGUACCUCUACGGUCCCAAAUAUCUGAUAAGACAUGACGUCAUCCUGGUAACCUUGAACUACAGAGUAGGGCCGUACGGAUUCUUCUGUCUAGACACACCCGAUGUACCAGGCAAUCAGGGCAUAAAAGACCAGGUGCUAGCGUUGCGCUGGGUUAAAGAAAACAUUGCUGCUUUUGGUGGUGAUAUGAACAAGAUUACUGUAAUGGGAGGGAGUGCGGGAGGUGUUUCAAUAGAGUUCAAUCUCCUGUCAAAGCAAGAGAAACUUUUCAACCAAGCAAUCAUACAGAGUGGUUCCACAUUCAUCCCAGGGGUGUUAGAAGAAUCGGGCAGGAGCAAAGCAUUCAGAAUUGCUCAACAACUAGGAUUCGAAACAAAUGACAUCUCUCAGGCCGUGGCAUUCUUAGCAAAGACUGAUGCUAAAUUAGUUAUAGCUGCUAUGGAAGAACUUGGAUUAACUAGCAGACCAUGUAUAGAACAAGUUGAAAAUGUCGAUAGCAUUUUAACAGAUCAUCCAAUAAAUGUAAAUAUACCUAAAGUGAAAGAUAUUCCUGUGUUAAUCGGAUUUAAUAAUAAAGAAAGAUUGUUACAAUAUGCAACACUAUCAUCUGAACAAUUUAAGAAUCUUAAUGUCUUUAGGGAUUCCUUGCAAGAGAAAUUUAUUUAUGACGAGGAAUUCAAAGAAAUGGAAGAUAUUGUGAGACGUUUUUACAUUGGGGACGAGGAGGUUACCGAAGCAUUACGAGAGAACCUUAUUGAUUUCCGAUCAGACUAUGAUUUUUCCUUUCCUGUACAAUUGAGUUUAAAGAAGUACCUUGAAAGCGGCGCUAAGAAUGUGUAUUACUACAUGUUUUCAUACAGUGGUGGCAGGAAUUUCGCUAAGAAACAGAAUAAUCUUACUUUACCAGGGGCGGCGCAUAAUGAUAUAAUAGGUUACUUGUUUGAUUUGUCUUAUGAGGACGCUCCAUCUGAAGCAGACCAACGGGUGAUUGACCAGAUGACUACAUUAUGGACGAAUUUUGUCAAAUAUGGAGAUCCAACCCCACAGACGUCAGAGCUACUACCCGUGAAGUGGUCACCGAUAACCGAGCAGACUUAUACAUAUAUGAACAUUGACAGCGAGCUGUCUGUUUCCACGAGACCCUACAAUGACCGCAUGGCGUUUUGGGAGCUGUUCUUUGAGGUCAACAAGAACAAGCUGAAGGGAUAUCGGGAGAACUAG